AUGCGUAUCCGACUUGAGUAUUUGGAUGCUGCACGUGAUUUUAUCACUUCCACCGACUCCUCUAUCGAUGUCACUCAGAUGGCCACUCCUAGUGAUCGUCACCCCGAUGUGGAGAAUUUGGUAAGUGUUUUAUUUUCCUUGUUUUUUUUUGCUUGUUGAUU